AUGGAAAAUGGAGGAUCAACAGUCCCUGUGUCUCAGGAAGGCAAAAGGCCUGACUGGCUGCCCUCCUGGUCCCUGGGGCUGUCUGAAAAGUACAGUGGUGCAGAAAUAUACCUCAUGACUACAGAGAAGGUGGCAAAAACUGCUGAUGUAUGCCUUUCAAAACUUCAGGAGUACUUUGAUGCCCUGAUUGCAGCUAUCAAUGAGCUGGAAGUAAGAAUUCCUGCUUCUGAAACAAUUCUUAGGGGCCGUAAUGUACUUGAUCAAAUUAAACAAAUGCUGAAAGAUUUGCAGGACAAAAUCAGGCAGACAUUUGCUACUCUUCAGAAAGCUGACUUUGCAGGAAGGCUGAAGCAACUGAAACAAACAGUGCAGCAAGUUUUUCAGAAGGUAGAAGAAAUGGUUAGAAGCUUGCAAUCCAAAACUUUUGAAGACAUCAAAGUCGAAACACAAAAGCUGUACAAAGAUGCAAUGGCUUCAGACUUCGCCCAGAAGCUGAGAUCCUUGACAAAAGAUGUUAAAAAAUACAUUUCUCAGUUCAAAGACUUUAGCCAGAAGACAUUCCAGGACCUUUCAGAAAAGCUGCACCAGCUGCUCCUCUAUGUAAAGUCAUUGCGGGAGGAAUAUUUUGAUCCUGCACUUGGAUUGUCAGUGAAAUACUAUGAGGUGGAAGACAAGGUACUGGGAUGGCUGAAGAAUAUCAUAAAUCUUCUCGUGGAUUGGCACAACCAGUAUGUUGAAGAUCUUGCUGGCAUUGUUACACGCCUGACAGACCAAGUAAGAGAGUUGGUGGAAAUCUACAGUCAGGAAUAUUAUGACCUCAUAACUGAUGUUGAAGGAAAAGGAAAACAGAAGAUCAUGGAACUCUCAUCUGCUGCUCAGGAAAAGAUCCGAUAUUGGUCUGCAGCUGCCAAGAGGAAAAUUGAUGAACAUAGCAAGCAACUCAGAGAAAAACUCCGGGAGAUCUAUGCGCAGCUCAGUCAGUCCCAGGAAAAACUAAUCACUGAAGCCAAAAGGUUAAUUGAUCUAACUAUAGAAAAUUACUCUGCUUUCCUGCAAUACAUCUCAGAGCUUCUUCGCUGGCUUGAACAAAUAACAGCUGAGAGCAUAAAGCCGUAUGUAGCUGUUCAUCAAGGAGAGCUGAGAAUACAGGUGCCCAUGGACUGGCAGGCCGUUCACCAAACGCCCCAAAAAAGCAGACAGGCACUCAGGAAUAAAGUGGAAAUGACACACAUACUGAUUCAGCAGGGCAUCAAGAAAGGCUCCAGGAAAUGGAAAGAAAUGCAACACUUCACAGAUGAGCAACUUGACACUGAGCAAGUGAGUCCUCAGGACAUUAUGGAAAAUAUUCAGCAGCGCAUGAACACCUGUAUGGGCAUGUAG